CAGGAAGUCAGAGGGUAGGGAAAUCUCACGAGGUAGGGUAGUAUAACGCGUCAGCGGCGCACGGGGCUCGUCAUGGCGGCCGCCGCCGCCGCAAUGGAGACAGAUGAGCAAGCAAGAAUUCGAUUCCAGUUGGAGUUGGAAUUUGUUCAGUGUCUGGCAAACCCUAAUUACCUCAAUUUCCUAGCACAAAGAGGAUAUUUCAAGGAGAAACCAUUUGUGAAUUACCUAAAAUAUUUACUGUAUUGGAAGGAUCCAGAUUAUGCGAAAUAUUUAAAAUACCCCCAGUGCUUGCACAUGCUGGAGUUACUGCAGUAUGAACACUUCCGUAAGGAGCUGGUGAACGCGCAGUGUGCCAAGUUUAUUGACGAGCAGCAAAUCUUACAUUGGCAGCACUACUCUCGAAAGAGGAUGAGACUGCAGCAAGCCCUGGCGGAGCAGCAGCCGCAGAACAACACCAUUGGGAAAUGAAAGCCUCUGUUCCCCCAGCACAACAUACAUCAUGGUCUAUGGGAUGCGAAUGCUGCCCGGACACUGUCAGCCUUAUUAUGGCCUAUCGUAUAUAUACUGCUGACCAGCACCAUCAGAUAUGGGGAAGAGACCGCUUACUGGAUCUGGAAUUACUAACCCUUCUCUCUGACGACGAAAAUGACCAUUUAUAUCAUGUGCAGAAAUGAGAAGACUUGGAGAUUGGAGCGCACGGUCUGGAUUAGCUUUGAUAGUUUUAGAGAAGAUGAUUAUUGACCCGUCCUGAGGUUCGGUCUCCAUUUAAAAGGGAAUAAGUAAAAUUACCAAAUACCACUGUAGGUGGUGAGGGUGCUGGGGGCACCAUGUAUAGGCUGGUUUCACACAUGGUUUCCUUUGGGUUUGUUGUGUGUGUGUUUGUGUGGUUUUUUUUGUUUUUUUUUCUCUUUCAUUCCUGGUCAAAAAUGCAGCCAAGUCUAUAGUGAACUAUAAAACACAUUUUGUAUACAGGGUUUUUCCUCUAUAGGACUGGAAAAAUGCUAGAAAAAAAAAAGCAUGUUACAGAUGUAAGGGCCGGUUCACACACUCAAAAUCGGCUCCAAAAAGAGGCCUCAAAAUGGCCUCAUAAAGUCUUGUUGCCAUCUGCAAAUUCUAAGUGGCAUUGGUGACCAUUCUGGAGCGCUGCCCCACAUAAUGAGCAUCCUGUUAAUGUGUGAGGUAAAUUAUUGGGUCACUUGCUAUUUAAUUUGAAGCACAUGAAGCUAAUAAAGUAAUGACCCCAUGUACUUCACGGCAGGGCAGCAUUAGAGUUAUUGGGCUUCAUUCAGCUACAGGAAAACUCUUAGUUGAUCGCAGCAACCAAUCAGAGGUCACCUUUCCUUUUUUUUCAGAACACUUUAAGAAAUGAAAGCUGAGCUCUGAUUGGUUGCGAUGACAGCUUUGAUGUUCUGCUUCUGAGCCGUGCAGUGGCAGAGCUUAGUAUGGAAGUUCUGACAGCAUUGAACAGAAGAGGGCACUGACGUAUCAAAAUAGUACUGAUAUUUCGAUGCAUUGUGCACCCCUAGUAGUGGCCGAAUGUAAAUGCUCUUUAAAAGCUGGACUAAGCCUUUAAAGGGGUUGUCCAUGAUUUCGAUAUUGAUGGCCUGUUCACAGGAUAGGCUAUCAAGAUCAGAUCGGCGGGUGGUCUGACACCCCACACGCCUGCCAAUCAGCUGUUAGCUUGUAGCUCCGGAACUACAUUGGGUAGUGGAUGGAGCUGGUGAAGUGAAUGGGAGCAGCGCGCCAGUAAUCAGCCUGAUCUGCUAUACAACGCACCGACGAGUACACCGCCAGAGCAAUAACAGCUGAUCAGAGGGAGUGCGGGGUGACCAACCCCAUCAAUCUGAUAUGGAUGCAGCUUUUGCUACUGGAAACAGUCAAUAAGCUUGUUGUCAGACACCCCUAAUACCUUAACUGAGCUCCGACAGUAGGAGACCACUUCCUAAAUUUUAUUACUGUGUCUUGAUGAUAGGACACAGACUCAGAUUGCCACAACCCUGUGCUGAAAGGCUUUCCCUCUCCACUCUUUGGUGCUAAUCCUAUGCUUUAUUUUUAGGUGUUUGCAACAAUUAUUAGGCAUGUAUAUAAUAUUAUAUAGGAAACCUUAACGUUAGUCUAUGGCAGGGGUGCACAAUCUUUUCUGGGUGGGGGCCACAUUGUCAGACUGAACCAACUCCAAGGGCUGCAAAAUAAAAAGUAAAGGGGUA